GGGUAACAUAAAUUUAUCUCAAUAUACACCUAAGAAUUCUUAAACAAAAGUGGGUAACGGCCAACAUUUGAAUAGCCGACUGUAUAUGUUAAAAGCUAUUAAAUAAUAAACACUUUUUGGGCAUACUCUAGAUAUACCAGGUUGUUCCAGUGAAGUGGCGCACACAGAGGUGCGCCGAUCCUGAAACGCUCCCAUAUGGGCGUAUGAGGGUACCGGUGGGUUUUAGUGGGUAGGGCCGGCGUUGUUUCGCACCGGGGAGUCCCACACACGCCGCGCGCCCAGCCAGCGGUACGGUCUGUAAAUGGAUUUCCCAUCGACAAAAAAAAAGAUAUACCAGGUUACCCAAGCACACCAUGAAGUCUGACAUGCAAUAUUUAUUUACCCUAUAUAAAAUAUUUUCCGAGUUUUGUCCGUGUGCUGCCACGUAGGCAUCACACGGACAAUAACAAACAUCGAAUCAGCCAGAUCCUCAUUGUUUAAAUGUAUUUUAAGAAUAAACAUUUCUUAAAUGUGACUUUUUAAAGUACUUACCUCUUUUAGUACAGUUGAUUAGUCUUUUAUGAAUACGGUCAAAGGACAAUGUUUAAAUUUGGCUUAAGAACCAAGACCAAUUUGGCAUUUACGAUAAUUCUUAGUAUAUUUUUUGCAAUAAUUAUCAGUAUUUAGAUUGUGACGGACACUUCUAGUAAAGUGAGCUAUAUUAAAAAGUUAAAAAAUAAUCUGAGACUACCAUUUUAUGUAUAUAAUCAUGACAGCGCUGCAAUCAAAACACUCUUUCUUGCCGGCCUAAUGCCGGCACUUCACUAGGCUAUUCGUGUUUGCUUUUUGAAAACUUAACAUCAGUCUGUCCUUUUUAUUCCAUAUUAAGCAUGACAAGGACAGACUGCUGUCAAGUGAAGUGCCGGCAUAAAAUUCGAUACUGUGUGGUUGUGGUGCAGGCAGUUUGCAUUCUUAGUAAUCUGUGGCAUUCGUGCAUUCUCGUUUCGGAUUAUGACAUAAAGGUCUUUGUUACCAGGUCAUAAAAUUAAAAAAAAAAUCGUUUCGGAUUACCUGUUGUGUGUGUUUAUUUGCGACUGUUUUUCCUUUAAUUUAACUAUUUCGGUUAUCUAAUAUGCCAUCGAUGUUACCAAAUAGCAGAGACCUUAUUACCAAGUGCUAGAGAACCUGUGCCACAAUAUCCUGAGAGGAUCAUACUGCCAAAUUAUUCAAGAGAAGCUGAUACACAUUCACGCUGCAUAUUUACACAAUAUACAUGUGAUACACAAAUAAAUACAAUAUGACACAAUUAUGUGAAAAACAGGUGAAGUCCCUCUGUGAAGAUUUUAUGUAUAUAAAGACAAUUAAUGAAAGUUAAUUUAUCAGUUCGGAGCUACCUGAAUAAAUGACAAUGUUGUCUAAAGUAGUGAUCGCCUUAGUGUGCCUGUGUGUGGUGAAAGCAGCGGCAUUCACCAUCAAGUCAUAUGAAGAUGAUGAUAAAUAUGAAAAAACCAGCCCUGUGGAAGAUAUUUCUCUAGAUACUUCCCUCCGUAGCUGCGUAAACUCGCAAUGCAAUGCUGUCUGCCGCCGUCUCGGGUUCGCGCGCGGUGCUUGCGUCAGCGCCAAUACAUGUCGAUGCUCCGGACGCUUGGCUUCGGACGUUACUCUUGAUGACGUCAAACCAGAUUCCCCCCAAGAUGAUAAUCUAGCUCUAAGCAGCCCCGUCGAAGAUGUUUCUCUAGAUACUUCCCUCCGUAGCUGCGUUAACUCGCAAUGCAAUGCUGUCUGCCGCCGUCUCGGGUUCGCGCGCGGUGCAUGCGUGAGCACCAAUACAUGUCGAUGCUCCGGACGCUUGGCUUCGGACGUUACUCUUGAUGACGUCAAACCAGAUUCCCCCCAAGAUGAUAAUCUAAUUCUAAGCAGCCCCGUCGAAGAUGUUUCUCUAGAUACUUCCCUCCGUAGCUGCGUAAACUCGCAAUGCAAUGCUGUCUGCCGCCGUCUCGGGUUCGCGCGCGGUGCAUGCGUGAGCGCCAAUACAUGUCGAUGCUCCGGACGCUUGGCUUCAGACGUUAAUCUUGAUGACGUCAAACCAGAUUCCCCCCAAGAAAACCAAGAAGUGGCAGACACAGCAGCACCCAAGAGUUGCAACUUGAACUGGUGCAAUCAAACCUGUCGUCGGAUGGGGUACCGUAGUGGAGUAUGUGUAAACGGGCGUUGCAAGUGUGACUUGUUGUAUUCUGAAAACCCCUUACUGGCACUAUCCGAAACCGAUUCUGAAAACCAAGAAGUGGCAGACACAGCAGCACCCAAGAGUUGCAACUUGAACUGGUGCAAUCAAACCUGUCGUCGGAUGGGGUACCGUAGUGGAGUAUGUGUCAACGGGCGCUGCAAGUGUGACCUGUUGUAUUCUGAAAACCCCUUACUGGCACUAUCCGAAACCGAUUCUGAUACAACCAAUGACAACGAAGUGACUUCAGGCAGCCAACGGACAGCCGAUACUGAGGGCAACGAACCGAUAAAUAAUGAGAUCAGGCUGCGAAAGCUUCCGCUACGUGACUGGACCUUUACAUAAAAGUUGCAUUUGCCCAUCAAUAGUGUGAAGUGAAGUGAAAUAGACGACCGAACGAUUAAUUUUUAUUUUUUUAGAUUUAUCACUUAUUCAGUUUUUAGCAUAAUUUACUGUAUAUUUUACAAUGACUGUUAUAACGAAUUUUGUUUUAAUUCAAUAUACUCGUAUA